GGCCUUGUAAAAGUUUCUUUCUACUUUGAUUAUUUCUUAUGGCUUUAGCUUUAAACCUGCAAAAGUGCUUUCUUAGAGCCUCUACCAAGAGGGCUCCAUAACACAUGGAGAAAAGUCUUUUUUUUUUUUUCCAAACCUACAAAUUAUAAAAAUUAUUUCAUAGCAAACAAGUAUGUUCAUCAUCAUAUUCAUUUGAUAAACAUGCAAAACCCUAAUCAUCAUGAUAACUCAUCAUCAUCAAGAAGUCAAUCACCGGAAGAUGUUGAGGCUGUUUCCAAUUCCAAGUGGGCUCCUAGGCUUCUCCGUGAGUGUGCUACCGCGAUUUCUAAUAAGGAUUCAACAAAGAUCCAUCACUUGUUAUGGAUGUUGAAUGAACUUGCUUCUCCCUAUGGUGAUUGCAAUCAAAAAUUGGCAUUUUAUUUCUUACAAGCACUUUUUUGUAAGGCCACGGAUACUGGCUUGAGGUGUUACAAAACCCUAACUUCAGCAGCUGAAAAAAGCAAAUCAUUUGAUUCAUCUAGGAAAUUGAUCUUAAAGUUUCAAGAGGUAAGUCCAUGGACAACUUUUGGUCAUGUUGCAUCAAAUGGUGCAAUAUUAGAAGCAUUAGAUGGAGAGAAUAAGCUUCAUAUAAUUGAUAUAAGUAACACUUUUUGUACUCAAUGGCCUACUUUGCUUGAAGCUUUAGCUACACGAAACGAUGAAACGCCACAUCUUAAGCUCACGGUUGUGGUCAUGGAGAGCACCCUAGUGAAGUCUCAUGUUAUGAAAGAAGUAGCACAAAGGAUGGAGAAAUUUGCUAGGUUAAUGGGAGUGCCUUUUGAGUUUAAUGUUAUAAGUGGAUUGAACCAUUUGAAAGAACUCACAAAAGAGAGUUUGAAUAUACAAGAAGAGGAAGCAUUGGCUGUGAAUUGCAUUGGAGCAUUGAGAAGAGUUGAAGUAGAUGAAAGGGGAGCUUUUAUAACAAUGCUUCAAUCACUUAACCCUAAAGUUGUGACAAUAGUAGAACAUGAGGCUGAUUUUUCUAGCACAAGGAAUGACUUUGUUAAGUGCUUUGAAGAAUGUCUUAGGUUCUACACAUUGUAUUUUGAGAUGCUUGAUGAAAGCUUUCCAACAACAAGCAACGAAAGGCUAGUGAUCGAAAGGGAAUGUUCUAAAUGCAUAGUUAAGGUUCUGGCUUGUGAUAAUAAUGAGAUUGGUGAUGAUCAAGGAGAUAGUGAAAGAAGAGAAAGAGGAAACCAAUGGUGUACAAGACUUAAGGAAUGUUUUACCCCGUUUACACUAAAUGAUGAUGCUGUUGAUGAUGUUAAGGCUUUGCUUAAGAGGUAUAAAGCUGGAUGGUCACUUGUGCUACCACAAGCAAAUCAAGAGUCACCUGGAAUUUACUUGACAUGGAGAGAAGAACAAGUGGUAUGGGCUUCCUCAUGGAAACCCCAGGAAAAAUCAAUGGAGGUAGAGACAUGAUCAACGAAGAUUCAUAUAGCUGAAUUGGACGUGUGUGAUGAUUAUAUUACUGAAGAUUCAUAUAGUUGAACUGGACGUGUGUGAUGAUUAUAUUACUGAAGAUUCAUAUAGCUGAACUGAACGUGUGUGAUGAUUACUGAAGAUUCAUAUAGUUGGACUGAACAUGUGUGAUGAUCAAUGAAGAUUCAUAUAGAUGAUCUGGACGUGCAUGGGAUUAAAGCAUAGUAAUCAUAUAUUGUCAUAUGCUUUAUUUAGCUUACAACAACCUAAAGCUUGAUAGCAUUUAGUUUUUUUUUCUGUAUUUUGGAGCCAACACCAUAGAUAAGCAAGAGGUUGAUCUUUUUUUUGCUUUAAUUUGUUUUUUUUUUCCUUUUCAAGUUUUCUUUUCUAGUGGAUCUUGCAAACAUAUAGGACUAGUAUUACUAGAUUAUAUUGUUAAUUUAAUUUGCAUU